AUGGCCGAUACGCUCCCCAUCGGUUACCGGUUUUCUCCGUCCGACGAACAACUCUUCUUCUAUUACCUUGCGCAUAGGGUGAGAGGGGAUUUAUCGUUUUCCGGAUUCAUACCCGAGUUCGACGUGUACGAGAAGGAACCGUGGAAGUUCUUCGACGAGAACGCGGACAGGAGCUUGUACGUCUUCACCAAGAUCAAGAUGAAGAAGUCCAGAGCGGAAAGGACGGCGGGGUCGGGAUUCUGGAAGGGGGUGAAAACCACCGACAUCGAAGAUCAUCAGGGCAAUAUCGUCGGCCACAAGAAGCACUUCAACUUUAAAGCGAAAGACGGCUCGUCUUUCGAACGCGAAAACGCAGCAAAGGGAUCUUGGAUCAUGCACGAGUACUCCAUGCUUAAGCAAGAAAUUGUUCUAUGUAAAAUCCGAUUCAAGAAGGAAGAAAGCAGGGAAAAACAAGGCACUACGAUUUUCCUAAGCAUGCCUGUCAGAACUCGAGAAGAUCACCGACUCAACGAAUCUUCCGACUUCAACCGCAACAUCGAUGUGCCUCACCAAGACAUCAACAUGGAACCAUCGGAAGCAAUGUCUCCCUUUUCGGGUCCUCAUGUUGAUCGGCAACCAUGGUAUUGCACAGGUUCAGAGGGGGAAUCCUUCACGUUGGCAUCUCAACCGUGCUUAGCAAUCAGUGCACAACCAGUAUUCCAUAUUAGGGGUUUCGUAAGUGAACAAAGGCCAAUCGAGCAAUGCUUCAUGGGCAUCGCGACAUCCGGUGGAAACGCAAAUUCACUUGCAUUUCCAAUCACAGAAGAGAAUACUAACGACGACGGUUCUCAAUGGUUUCUUGACCACAUCAAUCUCGAUUGGACAAAUGGCUGGGAGGACCCCGAAGACAGCUUCGUACUAGGUGAAUGGCCUCUAGCAUGUGAUGUUACCGCAUCGAGUUCGCCCCUUUGA